AUGCGCUUCAUUCUGCUUCCUGUGAUCCUCGUGCUCCUCCUCGGCAUCUCCGACACCACAACCGCCAAAGUCGGCCCAACAUGCUUCAAAGUCGUCGCUGCGCUCGUCAGCCGACCAGGCGAGCUGUUCGAUAAAUUCCAGCAAGAAAUCUGCGACCAGGGCUGCCAGCCGACCGUCUCCCACUGGGAUCUCUGGACCCGCAACAACACCUUUCUCCCCGCCGUCCGCAGCGUGAUGAAGCGGUUGAACGUGCCACAGCAGGAAGAAGCGAUGGUAAAAUUGGGAGACAACGCCGCGACGACCAUCAAACGGCGUUGCGGCCCGAUGCUUCGGGGGACACACAUCUGCGCGGAUCCCGAGAUGUUGGCGGCGUUUGGGAACUGCUUCAAGAAGAACUUUGUGCGGUCGGCCGUUACGAAUCUGCCGACGUUGUUGGGGAUGGUGUCGGAGACGCUGUGCCAGGAGCAAUAUGCGUAUCUCAAGGACGAGCAGUUGUGGGAGGAAACCAUUCCUCAGAAUAUGAGGAACUACGCGGCGGUCUGCCAGAGACUGGGAGGUUUACCACAGCAGUUGGGGGAGGAGAGAUAUGACAAUGAUGAAUUAUGA